AAUGUAUAUUCACAGCUAACUUGGGCCACUAUUUGUAACUGCUGCGGUCUUUAUUACGUCAGGUGCCCCACUUAUAUUAGCAAAAAAUUUCAGACAUUCGGAAAAAAAGAAUAUUUAUAAAUUUGGGGAAACAGGGUUAGGUCUAAAAGGAUGAGAGAGGUUGGUAAGCGAAAAUUGGAAGAGGAAAUUAGUGUGAAGAAUAAUGUGGAAACAGAAGAGUAUGAUUCUGAUGAUGAUAUGUAUGCUGGUAACCAAAGGAUGACCCGAGAAAUGCGGGACGAGUAUAAUAGACAGAUCGAUGAGAGCGAGGGUUUUGAUAUCACUUUGGAUGUGGAAUUGGGUGUGAGUAUUGGAGCUCCAAUUAUUCCACACCGGAGGGGUAAAGAGCACGGCCCAAAGUUUGUUGAGAUAUCCUGCCUAGCCAUUGAUGCUUACAAUUUACAGAAUAAUAAAAGAUUCGAAUUUGUCGAAAAUGUGACUGUGAACACAUCACUUGCUGCUGGAUAUUGGUGUUACAACACCUUUCGAGCCAGGGAUUCUGAUGCUCCCAACGCUGUAAAGACCUUUCAAGCAUUGGGGUUCUGGGGAAUUAGUGGAAAGAGAAUUAUUUCAUUUUGCAGGCUUAAGAAAACAUCCUGUGAUGAAGGAUUUCCUUGUCCCUUGUGGGGUAUUUCUUGCGUUGGCGUGGAUUUUUGGGUGGAGGGGUAUAUGGUUUUUCUAGCAUACAAGUCAUGGAGUUAUGCCUAUGCAUGAUACACAAAAAUAUAACUGCCCCAAUCCUGAGGUGAUGAGUGCCCUCCUGAUUCCAGUGUCGACGUGAAAGGUUGAAAGCUACAUAAUAAGCUUGUCAUCUAUUUAAGCUCGUCAGUCUAACUCUUGUAGUAAUUGUUGAAAAUGUAGUGUCAUUUACUUGUGUUAUUAUUAAGACAUGAAAAAAGUGUUGUGAUGUAUCUUCUACUCUCCUAGUUAUUUUAUUAAGUUAUGAUUCUAGUAUGUUUGAUGAUGAAACUUUUAUCAGAGUAACUUGGUGUUGAGGAA